AAACUUGAUUGUGCGCGUACCGUUCUCACUGAAGAUGGCCGCGCACCUGAAGAAACGCGUUUAUGAGGAGUUUACUAAAGUUGUGCAGAUCCCUCACGAGGACACCCCAGCAAAGAGGCUGCGUCUGUCCAAACCCAGUAAGUCUGCAGCUCUGCACAUCGACCUGUGUAAGGCCACCAGCUCCACAGAUGCGCUCCAGUACCUGCUGCACUUCGCCCGGCGCGCGGUGGAGGCAGAGAGCGUGGAGGGAGUCAUCCGCAUCCUGCUCGAGCACUACUACAAGGAGGCAGAUAGCUCAGUGCGUCUGAAGAUUGCCUCUCUGAUCGGACACUUGUCUAAAACACCCGGAUUCAGACCUGACUGCAUCGUGGAGGACACCAUCAACACUCUCAAAAAUGAGAAGUCCCACCAGGUCCUGGCACAGCUUCUUCACUCCCUGCUGCUGAUUGGCUCUCAGCUGACGGACACACCCUCUGUGCGGCUGCGGCUGGUCCAGGUAUCCUGUCAGCACCUGUCGGAUACUUACUUUGGAGUGAGGAACAACUGUCUGCAGCUGCUUGGCUGUGUGGGGCUGACCAGUGGUGCUACUGCUCUGGACAAAGAUGCUCCGGCCAUAGGAGGACAGAAAGAUGUUCAGAGCAUUAUCAGUGACUACUUUGGAGACCAAGAUCCUCGGGUGCGCACAGCCGCUCUCAAAGCCAUGCUGCAGCUCCACAGCAGAGGCAUGACUAUCCAACAGGACAUCUAUGACCAGGCAUGCAGGCUGCUGUCAGAUGACUAUGAGCAGGUGCGCUCUGCUUCUGUGCAGCUGGUGUGGGUGCUUAGCCAGCUCUACCCAGAAAGUAUUGUGCCUAUUCCAUCUUCUAAUGAGGAGAUCCGCCUGGUGGACGACGCCUUUGGAAAGAUCAGCCACAUGGUGAGCGAUGGCUCGUGGAUGGUGCGUGUUCAAGCGGCUAAAACCCUGGGGGACAUGCUGCAGGUCAGCCCACAUUUCUUGGAGCAGACACUGGACAAGAAGCUCAUGUCAGAUCUGCGGCGUAAGCGCACUGCUCACGAAAGGGCUAAGGAGUUGUUUGCCUCGGGAGAGUUCUCAUCUGGGAGGAAGUGGGCAGACGACGCCCCCAAAGAGAAGCUGGACACUAACACAGUGAACCUGAUGGCCUCAGGGGCCUGCGGGGCCUUCGUGCACGGGUUGGAGGAUGAGAUGUUUGAGGUACGUAUCGCUGCUGUGGAGGCUCUGUGCCAGCUGGCCCGCUCAUCAGCCAGCUUUGCAGAGAAGUGUCUGGACUUCCUGGUGGACAUGUUCAACGAUGAGAUUGAGGAGGUGCGGCUCCAGUCCAUCCACGUCCUCAGAGAGAUCUCCACCCACAUCACUCUGAGGGAGGACCAACUGGACACAGUGCUGGCAGUACUGGAGGACUCAUCUCGGGACAUCAGAGAAGCUCUGCAUGAGUUACUCUGCUAUACCAACGUGUCCACCAAAGAGUGCAUCCAGCUGGCUUUGCUGGAGCUCCUCAAGAACCUCAACAAGUACCCCACAGACCGCAACUCAGUCUGGAAGUGCCUGAAGUUCCUGGGUCAACGGCAUCCCACCCUGGUGCUGCCUCUGGUGCCCGAGCUGCUCAGCACUCACCCGUACUUUGACACUCCAGAGCCUGACAUGGACGACCCCGCAUACAUAGCUGUGCUGGUGCUGGUGUUUAACGCUGCCCAGACCUGCCCCACCAUGCCCGCGCUCUUCUCAGACCACACCUUCAGACACUAUGCCUAUCUGCGAGACAGUCUCUCUCACCUAGUGCCCCUACUCACGCUCCCAGGCAGGAAGCAGCCAUACUCUCUGGAAACUGCAGGUUCAGUCUCCGCCUCUGCAUCUGUUGAGGCCGCUCAUAUGUUUCUGCAGCAGAGUCUACUCAGAGUGGAAAACAUUCAGAACCUGGAGGCAGCAGGAGCCCAGGACCUGCUCAAACUCACCAUACGGGACCUGCAGCGUGUGGGGGAGCUACAAACGGAGCUAGCUGGAGCAGCCGACUUCUGUGCCACGUACCUGCACUGCCAGCUGCUUCUCAGCCAGGCUCUGCAGGAGAAGCUCUGGAGGACAGCUGUGCCCCUGUGUCUUAAACAGAACAACAGCGCCACACAAGCUGCUCAGCAGAUGGUGGCAGAGACGUUCCGUCUGGAAUUCCUCUACAGUCGUCUGGAGAGCAGACAGAUGGCUGCUCUCCAUCAUGUGCGUCUGCAGGCCCGAGCUCUGCAGUUGCUGCUGUCUGCGCGGACCAGGAACAGCCUGGACUCUUUGAGCAGCAGCUGUGACCGCUUUCUUAUGGACAUAGAGCAUUUUCAGAGGAUGUUUGUGACGGAGCUUCCCCACCUGAAAGACACGUUUGUGGACAAGGUGCUGGAGCUGAGGCCGCGUCUGUCAAGCUGUGCUCCGGUGGAGAUGGUCAAACUUCUGCAGAACACUUUGAGACAGAGUGGACUACUACUGCCCACGCUGCCACCCCAGAUUCAGAAGGCAACAGCAACCAUCAUCGAGCCCACAGGAGAGUCGGACAAUCCUUUGCGCUUCACCUCAGGCCUGGUAGUGGCGCUAGACAUCGAUGCAACUCUAGAGCAUGUCCAGGACCCACAGAACACGGUCAAAGUCCAGGUGCAGUACCCAGAUGGUCAGUCUCACCUGAUCCACCCCAAACCUGCAGACUUCAGGAGGCCCGGCCCGACUAGGCACAGGCUCAUCACACAAGUGUACCUAUCCCACAGUGCCUGGACAGAACCGUGUCAGAUCUCCGUGCGCCUCCUGUUGGCGUACAGCAGCACUGCACCAGGCGGAGCAGAGUCCGAAGGCCCUCAGACAGACAUCGAGGGGACUAUCCCCUUCAGCAAACCCGUCAAGGUGUUCAUCAUGCCCAAACCCACACGCCGAUAGAAGAGCCCUGAGGGAUCAUGAGAGUGUACAGUAAACACAACUCACCAGAAACAAGGACAGCAGUGAAUAAAGACUCAACUUUUCUACCAA